GUCUGGUCUGUCAUCAACACACAUGUGUCAGUCCUUCAACUUCUCUCUCUCCAAAGACACAAACUGCACAUUUCUCGUGACAUUUCUUACUUAGGGUCUUCAUGGCUUGUAUAGACCGCUCAUCAUAGCCGCCUGUAUUAUGCGUUUAUUCCGCUGGACAUUAUUUACAUGUAGAGCAAUUGGAUGCAUUGAAAAGUAUCAGUGUGUGAGACUCAUGGCCACACAAACCACCAGAAAGCCCAGACCUCCUAAAGAUACCCUCCGACAUGUGAAGAUGAAGGAGAACCGAAGACAGGGAGACCUGCACGGACCCUCCACCGUCUACGUGCAGGUGCUCGGGUCUGGAAGUCGAGAUAAUGGACCCUCUCUCUAUGUUUUCUCUGAGUAUAACAGGUAUCUAUUUAACUGUGGUGAAGGAACACAGAGACUCAUGCAGGAGCACAAAGUCAAAAUUGCACGCUUGGACAACGUUUUCCUCACCAGAAUGAGAUGGGAGACAGUAGGAGGUUUAUCAGGAAUGAUAUUGACUCUCAAAGACACAGGAGUACCUCAGUGUGUUCUCUCUGGACCGCCACAACUGGAGAAAUAUUUACAAGCUAUAAAAGUGUUUUCAGGACCGCUGGAUCACAUUAAACUUGCUGUCAGACCUUAUACAGAACCUCCAUAUAAAGACGACACAAUGACGGUCACACAAGUUCCUCUUUUCUCCGAGCGUAAGUUAGAUGGUGGCAGGCGGUCCCCAAGCUUUGGUCGCAGCAGUAGUCCUAACAGCAGCACCGGAGGGGGCCAGCGGGGGGCGCUCAAGAGACUGGAGGAUUCAGAAGAAGAUCAGACUGAAACAUCUAACAGAAGAUCAGUGAGUCCAGAUGGCAGAGGAAACGUUACUAGAGAUUCGUCGGUCGUUGUGGCUUAUGUGUGUAAGUUGCAUGCAAAGAAAGGAAACUUCCUGGCACUGAAGGCUAAAGAGAUGGGUCUACCAGUAGGUACAGCCGCCAUUGGACCCAUAAUAGAAGCUCUGAAAGGAGGAAAAACUAUAACACAUGAUGGGAAAGAGAUUCGACCUGAGGAGCUGUGUACUCCAUCUGAUCCUGGACCUGUGUUUGUAGUGAUCGACUGUCCAUCAGAUGAGUUCAUACAGCCGCUCUGCACCAAUCAGAUACUUCAGAGAUAUCAGACGGGUGGAUCUGAGGACGCGGCCGCUCUUGUGGUUCACAUGACACCAGAAUCAGUUUUAAACACAGAUCAGUACAAGAGAUGGAUGGAGAGGUUUCCCAGCAGUACUGAACAUCUGAUGAUGAACGAGCAGAGCUUCACGUCACACAACACUCGCAGUCUUAAACUACAGACACAACUUAACCUCAUUCAUCCUGACAUCUUUCCUCAACUUAAACUCUACAAAUCAAAAGAGUCUCCGGCGUCUCUUCAUGUUUCGAAUGUCAGAGCCGAAUGUCUGCUAAAGUUUCAACUUCGGCCCAAACUGGAGUGGCAAAGAGAUGCCAUCCCGUCCUGUGACACUGAAGAGUUUUUAAAGGAGGCCACUGAAGUGCCAAAUUUCUUACAGGAGGUUGAGGAGUGCAGGAGGUUUCAGUCGUCUGCAUCUGUUUCUGUGUCUGCUGAACGGUUUCCCGAGAUUUUGUUUUUGGGCACCGGCUCGUCUCUGCCGAUGAAGAUCAGAAACGUCAGUGGAACUUUAGUGAAUAUCAGCUCAUCUCAGUCUCUUCUGUUGGAUUGUGGUGAGGGGACGUUCGGUCAGUUGUGUCGUCACUAUGGCGAUGAUGUGGAUGAGAUCCUCUCAAAACUCUCCACCAUCUUUGUGUCUCACCUGCAUGCGGAUCAUCACACGGGUUUGAUUCAUUUAUUACUGGAGCGAGAGAGAGCAUUGAAACAUUUAGGUAAAGCGUUCAGUCCCGUGUACCUGAUCGCACCUGUCCAGGUUAUGACCUGGUUAAACCAAUACCACGACUAUUGCCAGGAGAUACUCAGCCAUAUAAAUAUUAUCCCAUCAAAGUUCUUGUGUGACGGCGCAGAGACGCCGAAAGUCAAAACCAAAUCCUUCAUUCAGGCCGUGCUGAAGAAGAACGAUCUACUCAAGUUUCGGACGUGUUUAGUUCGUCAUUGUAAGAACGCGUUUGCCUGCAGUUUGACGCAUCAGUCGGGUUGGCAGCUUGUGUUUUCUGGAGAUACGAUGCCCUGCGAGGCUCUCGUUAAUAUAGGAAAAAAUGCAACACUUCUGAUUCAUGAAGCCACACUGGAAGAUGGGAUGGAGGAGGAGGCGUUAGAGAAAAGACACAGCACCACAUCACAGGCCAUUGAUAUCGGUAUGAAGAUGAACGCUGAGUUCAUUGUGUUGAAUCACUUCAGUCAGCGCUACGCUAAGAUCCCUCUCUUCAGCGAUGACUUCAACAGUAAAGUCGGUAUCUCCUUCGAUCAUAUGAGGAUCCGAUUUGGAGAUUUUCAGAUUCUCCCGCGCCUCAUUCGGCCUCUGAAGGUUUUGUUUGCGGACGAGAUCGAAGAGAUGGAGGAGAGGAGAGAAAGGAGGGAAAUGAAGAAAAUAGCUGAGCUUCCAUGCGAUGGAGAGUCGUCAGCGAACCACAGACCUGAGGAGACGGGCAGAGGAGACAAGAGAGAGCAGGAUGACGUAAACCAGGAGACGACUAACAAACGACUUAAGAUAAACUGAUGGGUAACCAGUGCGAGUUAAAUCAAUUAUAACCAAAAACUAAAAGUGCUCAGAAAUAAAGUGUGUUGGUUUCUGGAACUGAAACUCAUCACAAACCAUCGAUGCAGAUUUAACUAAAUAUACACAGGAAGACACAAUACCUUAAUUUGACUUUUUAUUUUUAUUUCCAUCCUUGUUUCAGCAUUGAUGAAUGAUAAUGUGUUUUCAAAAUAUAACUUUGGUUUGAAACAGGUGGGUUUUGUUUAGGAUUGCUGUGAUGAGGAUAUAAGGCACAUGUAUAUUUGUGUAUGUAGUAUUUCAUUAGUUUAUGUACAUGAAAUGGCCAAUUAACUUAAGAUUAUUUUAGGCAAAUAAACUUUGACCUUCAGAAAUGCUUGUCAUUAUACGAUUCAUAUUAAUUUAAACAUUUAUUCAAAUGUUAUUAAAAGGAUGGCAGAAGA